GUUGGGGCGGGAGGUGGACUUGUUUCUUUAUUUAAAUCCCUAUCCUUCACUCGUUUUCUGAUUAGCACCGGGAACACAAGCUGGAAUAAUGGACUGUCCUGGAAAUUCAUGUUCAGUGCAGUGGUAUUAACUGUUUGGAUUUACAUGGCAAAUGAACUAAAGAUCAACACAACACUGAUUAUCCCUUUUCCAGUAUUUAAAGGAUUGCCUUUUUUCCAGUGGUCGUUAUGAUUUAUGUGUUGGAUCCAAACUGAUUAAAUACACCUUCCUCGCCUGAUUAAAACCUACUGGUUCGUACAUGUUUUGGCCUACAGUUAAAGACACAUUGGUCAACAGUUUUCCACGAUGUGAGUGGAUCUAGAGGUGGCCAUCUCAUCUACCAUGAUGGAAUCUGGUCUGUCACCUUCCACAGACCUACACCUCAACACCAGCAGCUAUGUCAAUAACAGCAACACCAGCUGGAGUGGGCUCCUUGAUGGUGACUCACCGAGGAGCAAUCACACCGUCACCCUACACGACCGCGUCCACAACGCUCUGCUGGGAGUCUUUCUGGGACUCCUUUCUCUCCUCACCAUUAUCAUGAACCUGCUCGUUCUCUACGCCGUGAAGAGAGAGAAGAGCCUGCACACCGUUGGGAACCUCUACAUUGUCAGUCUGUCGGUGGCAGAUCUGAUUGUAGGCGCCACAGUUAUGCCUCUGAACUUGGUGUAUUUAUUGGAGGAUGAAUGGAAGCUAGGUCGUGCUGUCUGUCAGUUUUGGCUUAUCAUGGACUACGUGGCAAGCACAGCCUCAAUUUUUAGCUUGUUUAUCCUGUGUUUGGACCGGUAUCGCUCCGUCAGACAACCGCUAAAGUACCUAAAGUAUAGAACACGGGGAAAAGCCAGUGUGAUGAUUUCUGGAGCCUGGCUGCUGUCGAUGAUGUGGAUUAUUCCGAUUUUAGGAUGGAGGUCCUUCACACAUGUCGACCUUAAACCUGAGGAGGAGAACAAGUGUGACACGGAUUUCCGCUUCGUCACGUGGUUUAAGGUCAUUACUGCCGUCUUCAACUUCUACGUGCCCUCAGUUUUGAUGCUGUGGUUUUACACACACAUCUACUUGGCUGUGAGACAACAUCUGAGAGACAGAGAAAGAAUCAUCCAUCCAACUGAUUCCUUUGGGGAAAAUGAGAACGGACAAAAUGUUAAAACUCUUGAGAAAAAUGACUCCAAAUCACCCAAGAGGCAGUGUGAGGUUCUAAUCAAACUCUCUAAAAAACAACGCUUGCUGGACCAGAACACUUUAGAUCAGAUAUAUUCCUUAGAAGAUAAUAAUAAAACCAAAGCUGCUCCUUCUAUCUCUCACAGAAAAAUUGGUGUAAAAGGCCAGCAGGCGUCAUUGCUUGCCAUGACAACAAAACGAUUCAGAAUGGCACGAAAGGCCAAUAGGUGCUCGCUGUCCCCUGAGGAGAAGCAGCCCGACGCUGAGAUUCCCCUGAGUCGACCCUCAGUUCCACAGGACGUACUUUGCUCAGAGGGGAGUAAUGAGAACAAACUUCCAGCAUCUUUAAAUGAAUGUCACGUCACAGUACCAAACUCAGUCAGCGGUGUCUGUGCUAUCAGUCAGGUUUCAGCCGUCCAGAGGUACACGUCUGCGCUGUUUAACAACUACGACCCCAGUCGCGCUCCCCCCUGGGCUGACGAAGGGGUUGAAGAUGCCAAAUUGGACCCACUCACUCUGAGACAGACGUGGCAAAAGUUUAUUGACCAAUCACGUCAGCGUAUCCAAAGUCUGAGGAUCCACAAAGAGCACAAAGCAGCCAAGCAGUUGGGCUUUAUAAUCGCUGCUUUCUUGUUGUGUUGGAUACCGUACUUCAUAGCUUUCAUGGUCAUGGCAUUCUGCAAAGAGUGUGUGCACCAUGACCUUCACAUGUUCACCAUAUGGCUAGGUUACAUCAACUCCACUCUCAACCCUUUCAUAUACCCGCUCUGCAAUGGGAACUUUAAACGGGUCUUCAAAAACAUUCUGAACAUUCGAUUCUGACAGAUUGUGAUUCGGGGGGGGGGGGAUAAGCCGAAAAAAAUUAGAGGUGUUUAGAUGCUGCUGAUAUUCACUGAUGAGGAGGUGACAACAGCCAAACAGCUGAAUAAAUGUAAUGCCUCCAUAGGCUUUCAAAGUGUAGAUAAAACCAUACUUGUAUGUUGAGUGUCAGUUAUUUGUGUUUGUUCUAGAUCUUACUUUUGUAACCUACUGCACUUUUCAGAUUAAUGGCAGUAGUUGAGGAUAAUGUUGGAAUCUAAUGUUAUUUAUUUUGUCUGUCUUAUGCUAUCAUGAUAAUGUGUGUCUAGGGCCAGAGGCCAGGGAGACACAUCUGGUCCAGAAUGAAGUAAAGCUAUGUCCAAAAAGUGCUUUUAAAGAAUCUUUUUUUUAUUUAUUUAUUAGCACUAUCAAUGUAGAGAAACAGAGAUUUAAUGUGAUACAACAGGAUGUUACAUGCUCGAAGCACUGCCAUGCACUUUUGAGUAUUUUUGUGACUUGUCACAUUGUCAUUAAAACAGGAUUUGAGGCAUCAGUCAGUCCAGGAAAAACACAAAUCUUGGCUGGUGUCUACUGAGCCGAAUUUGGAACUGUUCAGUUGUCCUUUUAUUUAACCCUUCUUUUUUACAUACAAGCUUUAAAUGUUUUUAACACAUUAAAGCCAUCAUCUUAUCAAAUAUAAUGUGUAGAAAUCUUCUGGUCUGGUUUGAUCUGUUUGUGCUGUAUUAAUAUCUACAUGUACAGUGUAAACGCUAUGCAGUAGCUCAAGUUUGGAUGUAUGUCUAAAUCACAUUUUCAAAACAUCACAGUGUGCACAGGGGGACUAUUUAAAUCCUGUUAUCAAACCACAGAAGGAUUGUUUUUCUUCUAACAAAUCUGCCCUUUAGCAAAUUAUUGCUAAGCUUUUCACACUCAUCUGUUUAAUGCUGUGAUAUGGAACCUCUUUUCAUGUCAUUAGACAAGAAGCAGCAAAUAUAAUUCCACAGUCCUGUAGAAAAGCAACCAUAAAUUUCAGACUCCUGUAAUGCAUUUGUAGUGAAUUAAAUUUUUGGAACAAACACACAAAGUGCACCCAUCAGGCUCUGGAGACAGAGCA